CAGAAACACCCACAUCCUGUUUACGUUCCUCUUAACUGUACUUUAGAGAAAAAAAACCUCUGGGUUUGAUUGUUUGUAUUAAGUCAGUGGAGAACCAGGCUGAAUUAAGAAUGACUUCGAUCUAAGUACGACCUCACUGUUGGAAAUAUAAGGAACUCUCCUCGUGGCCUCAGUUCCUGUCAGCACCACCAUGUCGUGCCGGGACAUCCACGCCACCAAUGCUUUUGCCUUCAUCAUUGCCUUUGUUUCUGUGGGAGGGCUUGCUGUGGCAACAUUAAUCCCACAGUGGCGUGUAACAAGACUCGUCACCUUCAAUCGUAAUGCCAAGAAUAUCAGUGUGUAUGAUGGGCUGUGGGCUAAAUGUGUGAAACAGGAUGGCUAUUCUGGAUGCUACUACUAUGAUUCAGAGUGGUACUCUAAAGUGGACCAGCUGGAUCUGCGGCUCCUGCAGUUCUGUCUUCCUACGGGCAUGAUGUUUGGCUCUUUGGCCUUGCUACUGUGCAUGGCAGGAAUGUGUAAGACCUGCUGCUGCUCAGACAAGCCUGAACCAGACAUUAAGACCAUCAGAUUCCUGGUCAACAAUGCAGGCUGUCACCUGGUGGCAGCGACAUUUUUGUUCCUGGGUGGAGCUAUUGCCAUCGCACCCUCAGUGUGGUUCCUGUUCCGCACCAAGGAAAUGAACAUCAGAUAUGACAACAUUUUCUCUGAUGGCUUUGCUGUGUAUGUGUCUAUAGGCUGCUCUGGAGGACUAAUGCUGGCUGCCCUGCUGAUGUUCAUGUGGUACUGUAUGUGUAAAAAGUUGCCUUCACCCUUUUGGUUGCCUCUGGCCUCUAUGCCUAACUCUCUGUCCACCCAGCUUCUCACUGCCAAUGGAUAUCCUCCGUCCCCAGUUUAUGGCCCUCAGCCCUUCCCUCCCCAGACCUAUCCUCCCACAGUGAUCGACUCCCAGCCAUAUGUGACCUCCCAGGGCUACGCCCAGAGUGUGGUCACCCCUGCACCGCCACAGGUGUACAUGUCUCAGAUGUCUGUUCCUGAUGGGUAUGGCUCAGAGGUGGGAGGCAACCAGGCCUAUAGCUACGCUCCCUCACAGAGCUACGCUCCAUCUCAGGGCUACGCACCCUCGCAGAGCUAUGCUCCAUCUCAGGGCUACGCAUCCACCUACGCAGGUCAGCGAUACUCCUCCCGCUCAAGGAUGUCCGCCAUAGAGAUCGACAUUCCCGUGCUGACACAGUGACAGUAAGAGGAGAGAGGCUGGAGACGUCAAACUUCUGUCCAUGAAACUCAAUGAAGUUCACCACUGUUACAACUCAGAGCAUGAUAGAUGGAAAUUAAUAAUAUGGAGCCAUUUACAGCCCCUAGAGUGAUACACUCAGUCAAUCCAGGUCUGUACUUCGCUGAUUAUACUGUAGAAGACGAAACCCAGUCAAAAGAACUCUGGGUUUAAUAUGAAGGAUUGUUCCUAAAUAACAGAGAUCACUGGCACAAGCAACACUGGAAUCAGCUUAGUACUGUAGAAAAGGGAAGAAAAUAGAUGUCUUUCUAGCCAAAAAUACAGAAAGACACCUCAACCAACCUUUUACACUGUUCUUACUCUUAACUUGCUUAAGUGGCCAAAGAACCAACUAACUUAAUACAAGCAGAUAGUUACUAGCAUUAAGUAUGUGAGUGAAUAUAAAUUCCCACUCUGUCUUACACUAUAGAUUUAAGAAGCACUGAUUAAGGCUGCCAUAAGUCUGGCGAUAGCUUGCCAGCAAAAAUGUAUUUCUCAGUUUUCUUUGUUUGUGUUGGACACAUUCUAUUCAUACUGAAAUGACUUGUUACAUUUCCCUAUGUAAAGCUUACAGUAUAAAAACUGUCUGUUAUCACUACUGAACAUAACUUUAUAUCCUGUGGUCCUGAAGGAACAACUACUUAUUAACUCACCUGUUUGUAUGUUUUGUUUUUGUGUUACAUGAAUUGUGAUGUUGCCCUGUGAAGAGCAGCUGUUGAAGUUUUUUAUGCACUAACUUUGUGAAUACUGUGCCAGUUUGCUUUGCCUUUGUUCACCUUUCUUUGUUUUAGCCUUGAGUAUUUUUUUAACAUGUUACCUAAUCAUUUAUUGUAAGUGUUAAUGUAAAAUAAAAAACAUGACACUAAGAAAUGUCUUAGUAAAGUUGAAUUUGAUGGACAAAUGCAAAUUGAGAUCACUAUGUGGAAUAACAUUUUAAUUAUGAACUGUAAUGUUAACAGAAUGAGAGCGCUGUUCAUCUGCACUCAACAUGUCCGCUGAUUAAAACUUUUGCCAACUAA